AUUACGCUUUGCCCUUGACGGAGAAAAAGAAGAGAAUUCUCCCAGGCGGGUCUUCGAAGCUGUAGCCGCCACCGCGCCGUCGCAGCGUAACGACCCUCUUCCCAGUCUCCAAUGGCGAUCUCCCACCUCACCCGCCGCCUCCUCCGCCCCACGACCACCGCCGCCAGGCUCCUCCCCGGCACGAGCUUCCCGAAUCCACACGCCCAUGCGCGCAACCCCCUCCUACUACUCCACCCCCACCGCCGCUUCUCCACGGCCCCAGGGUCCAACCCGGAAGCCGGCACCGCCACCGGCACCGGCCCCGAAGCCGCCAACGGCACGCCCCCGUCACUGGAAUCUAUGAAGCACCAGGAGAUCGAGGGCCCCACGGUGGAGCGCGAUAUGUCGCCGCUCGCCGACGAGGCGCGGGCGGAGCUCGAUGCCCUCCGCCGCGCCACACAGCGCCUCAGCGCCUCCCUCGCGGUCCUCGGCGGGGCGCAUCUCGCCGCGGGAGCGUGGAUCAUCUCCGGGGCCGCGCCCGUCGGGGUCGAGUCGGCCGCGGCGGUGCAGGGCGUUGCGGCGUUCGCGUUCCCCUUCACUGCCGCGCUGGUGCUGCGCCGCGUCAUCAAGCCCGUCGCCUUCUUCCAGAGGAUGGAGGCCAAUGGGAGGCUGCAGGUGCUCACGCUUUGCCUCCAGGCCUCGAAGAACGUCAACCUCAUGCUGCUCCGGACGCGGGUGGUCGCCAUCUCCUGCGCUCUCGGAGUGUCUGUCGGGUCGGUAGCUGCGAUCUUGAUGCGGUAAGCUUAUGCUUAGCUCCAACCAGGGAGGAUGAUGAGAUCUCAAGGAGGAUUGGUUUCACCGUUUCAGUAUUGUAGGAAUAAGAGUGAGCUGGAGAUAUGUGAUUAGACCUUGGAACACGGAAUUGCGGUGCUUUUGGACAUUCAAGUAUGCUUAGUUUGGUAUAUGUAUUAUGUACGGCCAAAGAGGUAUUGAAGUGAUGGUUUAAGUGUUGCUAUUACAGUGAUAUUCAUUUUUCUGUUAGAUUAAA